AUGGUGGACGCUGGGGAAGGUGCUCCCCAGCCAACAUGGAAGUUCACCCAAUGCUUCGGUGAUAAGGGCGACGUGGAAGACAUCACAGAAGCCGACAUAAUAUCGACAGUCGAGUUCGAUCAGACCGGCAACUACCUCGCUACUGGCGACAAGGGCGGCCGUGUGGUCCUUUUCGAGCGCAAUGAGACGAAGAAAACCUGUGAAUACAAGUUCCACACCGAGUUCCAAUCACACGAGCCAGAGUUUGACUACCUAAAGUCGCUCGAGAUAGAAGAGAAGAUCAACAAGAUAAAAUGGUGCCGACGACAGAACGCCUCACACUACCUGCUAUCCACAAAUGACAAGACCAUCAAGCUAUGGAAGGUCUUUGAAAAGUCCCUGAAAGUGGUGGCAGAGAAUAACCUCUCCUCCGAGCUCACACCAGCAGGCACUGGAGGGGCAAAUGGCGGUGGUCCUGUGAGGUAUCCAAAUCAGCACUUCCGCAGCGUUGCCGACCUCAAGUUCCCUCGCAUGACACACCACGAUACGGUGGUUGCAGCAGUACCGCGAAGAGUGUACGCAAACGCCCAUGCAUAUCACAUUAACAGCAUCUCGGUCAACAGUGAUGGAGAGACGUUCAUCAGCUCAGACGAUCUGCGGAUAAAUCUCUGGAAUCUCAACAUCCAGGACCAGAGCUUCAACAUUGUCGACAUCAAGCCAGCUAACAUGGAGGAGUUGACCGAGGUGAUCACUGCCGCUGAGUUCCACCCUGCGCAGUGCAACCAGUUUAUCUACGCCUCGAGCAAGGGCACUAUCAAAUUGGCAGACAUGCGAGCGAGGGCGCUAUGUGACGAGCACGCGAAACGUAAGUCGUCUUGGGGACCAUGGCUAGGUGAGAGUACUGACACUUCUGCAGAAUUCGAGCAAGAAGAGGACCCGUCUUCUCGGUCGUUCUUCUCCGAAAUCAUCUCCUCCAUCUCUGACGUUCGGUUCUCUUUCGACGGUAGAUAUAUACUUUCCAGGGAUUAUCUCACCGUCAAGAUAUGGGAUGUCAACAUGGAACGACAGCCGGUCAAGACCAUCCCAAUCCACGAGCAUCUCCGACCUCGCCUUUGUGAUACCUACGAAAAUGACAGCAUCUUUGACAAGUUCGAGGUCGUGUUCUCCGGCGACGCCAAGAAUGUCAUGACUGGUUCGUACAACAACAACUUCAUGAUCUACCCAUCGGAAGAGGGCAAGGAUACAGAGGUCGUUCUCCAGGCCGACAAGAGCGCCUUCAAGGCGAAGAAGGUCGGCAUUCCAACUCCCAUGAACAGCGCCACAAGUCCAGGCGCUGGCAAGGACGGCAAGAAGGGCAGUCGGGCGAGCAGUCCAGCCGGCGGUGCACAGAGAAUGCGCAAGGAGACCGACGCCGACCAGAUUGACUUCAACAAGAAAAUACUACACAUGAGUUGGCAUCCUCAGGAGGACAGCAUUGCCAUUGCAGCGACCAACAAUCUGUUUGUGUUUUCGGCAUUGUAA